AUGGUUGCGGACUUUCGUCAGCGGCUCAACUCUGAUAUAGAGAUCGACGAAGCAAAGCAUCAGCUGGAGUCUCUGCAUCAGCAGCACAGACAGCUAGAGGAGGCGUGUCAGCGGCAGGAGCAGCAGCUCACAGACACGCAGGAAGCCCACCGCGCUGAGAUACACCGCCAGCAACGCCACCUGGAGGCACUGAUCGGCGACAGCGGACGCGCGAGGCAGCAAGCAGAGGAACAAGUGCUGCAGGCCAGGAGGGAGCUCACACGCAAACACAACGAAUAUGAGGACUUCGUACAGAGGGAGGCUUCUGCGAUCGCGUACCUGAGGAAUAACGGCAAGUCCUGCGGCGUUCAGACGGACGCUAGUGCCACGACCGAGUUCUCCAUCCAGACGACACCAGGGGGCGACAGUGAGCAGAGUGUGCUCACGGCCAUCGAGGAAGGCAAGAGGCGUCUGCAGGAGUUGGAGGUGAAGCAUCAGCAGUGUUCGCGGGAGACGGAAGCCAAGCUCGCACGCCAGCAGCAGCAGUUCGAGGCCAAGCUGCAGAGAAACAGCGAGUUGAUAGAAACACAGCGGUCGCAGCUAGAGCGCAUGGAGCGACGAUACGAGCGCGACGACGAUACGACCGCGGCGCAGCUACAGCUGCAGCUGGAGAAACUCUACGAUAAGAGAAAACUUCCGUCCAAGUCUGAGAACAAGUUGGUGAAGAUACUGAAGAGUUGGUCAACAGAGGGCGCUGACAAGCCUGCGAUCGCUCGCGAUGAUGCUGCUGUCGUCGCCCUCGCCAACGCAUCCGUCCACGAGCCGGAGAUGGCUUCUGUGAAGCCCCGGCAGCAGCAGCAGCUGAAGACGCACGCAGAGGCUGCGUGCGAGGAUGCGGGGAUGAAGCCAGCCGGGGAGCGAGCGAGAGGGAUGCACAACAGUGAGCACGGGGGGAUACAGGGGGAUGCAAGGAUGUUGGAGAUGUUGAGGAUGCAGGGGAUCGUCGGCAAAACGCAAGCAGCUGUCGCUUCCCCUCACCUCGACCACUGCACCGGGAACAGCCCUGCAGGCAGGGGCAGCUCCUCCCCGUCCCCGCGUGACCCGGGCAGCGGGGGAGGAAGUCCGUUGGCUUCCCCGCGGAGAGACGCGAGCAUCAACACGCGUGCGGCCGCUGUCACCGCCCGCCUCACCGCCUCCAUUCAGGACCGCUCUGCCGAGCUGCGCCGCCAGGCGGCAGCACAGGUAGCCGCGCGCCGCGCCGCCGCCAACCAGGGGGCGCCGCCUCCUGCCGCCGCGAAACCGGAGCUGACGGUGGCGCCCCCGCGGCGGCGCGCUCGCCUCUCGUCGCUGUUUGCGCGCGGCACGAGCGUGAGUCCCGCGGAAUCGCGUGACGACGUCACAGCGGCGCCCCCUGGCGAGGGGACACAGCGGCGGGGGGAGUCGCGGGGGACGGCGCGGCUGCGGCGGGCGCUGGAGAACGUGCGAGCGACGCUCUCUUGUCGUGAGCUCGCGCGCCGUCACGCCGCCGCCGACGCCGACACGCAGACCGGCCACUGGGGGGCGCCGCCGUCUCCCGCGCUCGUCCGCCGCGCGUCGUCGUCGCGGCGACGACGAUUCACGCAGCCUCCUCCGGGGAAGGCGCGGUCGGAGGAGAUGCUGCUGUCGGUGGCGGCGGCGUCGGGGAGCGUGCGCGGGGAGAGAUCCGUCCCUUCCGGGGAGCGCUCCCGCAACGCCGCCGCGUUCGUCGCCGAGAUGCGGAGACGGGACGCAGGCAUCGUCGCGCGGCGCGGGGAGGCUGCGUCGCCGCGGCAACGAGCGCCCAGCGACGAUUCUCUCUUCGCGUCGGGUGGCGCCCUCUCUUCACCGGCGACGCACUUCGACGCCGUUGCCGACCUUAUCCGGUUCGAGGAUGCUGCUGCGCGCGCAGAGGAUGAGGAUGCUGCUGCUGUUGCCGAGCGAUGGACGAAGGCCGAGUCGUGUCCUGACCUGCUGGACUGGCGGGAGCUAGACGGCCCCCGGCCAGACUUCUUCAGGAUAUACUACAGCCAGAGCGACAGCGACGGCGCCAGUCUAGACUCGUUCGACGGCAGCACCCCCCACGAUGGCGCCGCCCUGGUGUUGAACGCGGCCGGGGUCGCCGGCGGCAGCGCGGACUCGCUCGAGGAAGCGGCGCGGGAUGGUGGCGCCCUCUGCGACGCGGCGUCGACGUCGGGCCGCGACACGGGGCUGGUGAGCAGCGGUGAGUGGGCGGAGGCUGCGGCGGGGUCGUUGCCCGCGGCGAUGGCGGGGGCGUCGCCGGAGUCAGGUCGUCACACGGCCGGCAGCGAGGACUCAGUGCUGCUGACGCGGUCGACGCGACGGCGGAGGGGAAGCCUGAGGGAGAGCGUCGCCGCGAGGGGGCGACACCCAUCGCGGACGGACGACGAUGGUGACACGGCGACGAAUGGCAUCGUUCGCGUGACGUCGGAAGCAAGCGUUGAUUGGACGGAUGCGCGGGACGACGCGGCGGCUCAGGAGGAGAGGCUGCAGGGAUGUGGGGUGGAGGAGAAGCAGGAGGAGGAGAAAGAGGAGAGGGAGGAUGCUGAUCUCACAGAGUUGAUUCUGAAGCUUCGGGAACACGCGACGGACGGUGGCGCCACCUUGCAGCCGCACGUCGACGACGGAGAAGGUGGGCGGAGUUACGACGAAGACAGCCUGCUGUCUGAAGACUCAAUGGAAGCAUGUGCCAAGAAUGAAGCCAGGAGAAGGGAGGAGGAUUACACAGAGAAGGAUCCCUUGAGAAGGGAAGAAGACUGCACAGAGAAGGAUCCCUGGAGAAGGGAAGAAGACUAUACGGGGAAGGAUCCCUUGAGAAGGGAAGAAGACUUGCAUCAGGAAAGGAUCCUGGAGAGCACGAGGAUGAAUGCAUGGAAAAAGAAACCAGGAGAGGGAAAAGAGACCACGUGCAUAGAGAAGCUCACUCAGGGAUAG